AUGUUGUACCAAAGCAUCUCACAUGCUAUUGCGCUAUACCGGCUGGAGCAGUCUACAAAACAAUGCAAAGAGAUAUACACCGGGAAGCCUAAGCCGGAAAAGGUCACUCUUCUCUGGCAAUUGGUGACUCUGUCCCGAUUCAACAAAUACAAUCCUCUCUUCACUACAUUUGCAGGAGUCUGGUCCGUCCUGCUUGCUGGAGCUUCCGAGCUUGUCGAUCCGAACGCAACCAUACAGCCUGCCUUCAUCUUUCGGCAAGCUGCACUAUGUUUUCUCGCUGCCUACCUGUUUUGUGGUGCCGGCAUGGUUUGGAACGACUGGGUUGAUCGGGACAUAGACGCAAAGGUCACACGAACGAAAGACCGACCGCUGGCCGCUGGCACCGUUACCACAGUGGACGCCAUGCUAUGGAUGGUCCUUCAGCUUCUUAUGUCUUUGGCUGUUGUGCAUAAGAUGCUUGAUGGAAAAGAUGUACUCUUGUUAAUAAAAGGCAUCGAAAGGUUCCGACAUAUGUUUCCGGUCGUUGUUGCAUCGAUUCUAUACCCUUACGGCAAGCGACCUAUGGCACUGAAGCUUCGCAUUUAUCCUCAGUACAUCUUGGGCUUCACAAUCGCGUGGCCAGCGGUUCUCGGACGGUCUGCAAUUCACGGACAAUACGAAUCCAUUGGCGACAGCAUCGGCUACUGCCUACCAUUGUGCUGCAUGGUCUUCUUUUGGAUUAUCUAUUUGAACACGGCCUACAGCUAUCAAGACGUUGUGGAUGACCAGAAGAUUAACGUCAACUCGUUUUACACUGUCGCAGGACGUCAUUUUCAUAGAUUCCUCGUAGUACUCAUCAGUCCCAUCCUGAUGUGUAUGCCUCUAUACCUCCUCAGGUUUGGCUCAUUGUGGCUUUGGAUCAGCUGGAUGGGAGUGUGGACGGCAUCUUUUGCCGCUCAACUGGCACACUUUGACCCUGAGCGACCGGCGAGCGGGGGAGGUGUGCAUAAGAGUAACUUUGUUCUGGGAUUAUGGACAAUUGCUGCCUGCGCUGUGCAGGUUCUUCUUAGCGAGAAGCGCGUUGUGGGAUGA